CUCGCUCUUCAUAGCGUUCCCUCUGCGUCUGCAUCACUCCUUCUCGUGAGCGCUUACAGAGAGCUGUACGUUUGCAAAGAUGGCAGACGAGGUCAAGAUCGACAAGGCCCUCUUUGCCACGAGGCUCAAUAAGCUCCUGGACGCCUGGAAGGACAAUGGCUCCGACAACGCACAGCUCAAGGUGUUGCAGCAGACAGAUGCUAUCGUCAUUAUGCUCGGCACCCAGUCGGAUGAGGUAGCGUACCACAAGACAGCAGCGGUCCACACCUGGCUCCUCGGGUAUGAGUUUCCCUCGACGAUGAUGCUCAUCACACGAAAGGGAGUGACGUUCGUCUCUAGCGCAAACAAAGCCAAGUACCUCGAGGGCCUGGAUGGCGCCAAGGGUAUCAAGGUGGAUGUGCUCAAGCGUGGCAAAGACGAGGCGCAGAACAAGAAGCUGUGGGCAGAUGUCGUCUCUCGCAUUAGCUCAGCUGAAAGCGGUCAAACAAUCGGUCACUUUCCCAAGGACCAGGCCAUUGGAAAGGUGGCAGAAGAGUGGCUUGCCUACUUCAACGGAGUGAAGAGCGAAAAGGACUUCAAAGAGGUGGAUGUGGGACCGGCCAUGGGAGUAAUCUGGGGUGCCAAAGAUGCAGACGAGCUGACCAACACAACCUACGCAGCCAAGAUGCUGAAUGGCGUCAUGUCAAAAUACUUUGUAGACGAAAUGUCGACGAUUCUGGAUGACGGGCGCAAGGUCACACACGAGAAGUUGGCCUCGAGAGUCGAAGCGGUCCUCGAUGAUGACAAAUUCUGGAAGAAAGUCAAGGGGCUAGCCGAGGCCGAUCUCUUGCUGGCUAAUUGGGCCUACACGCCGAUCAUCCAGUCAGGCGGUCAAUACGACUUGAAGCCAUCUGCUCAGUCAAAUAGCUCACGCAUACAGGGAGCUGACGGAGGAGGUGUUGUCGUCGCUUCAAUGGGCAUGAAGUACAAGAGCUACAAUGCUAAUCUCGGUCGCACAUGGCUUGUCGACCCACAGAGAGUACAGGAAAAGAAUUUCACAUUCCUGUGCGAGCUACAAAAGGAUCUCGUCGAAAAACGCGUCCGAGCUGGCGUGACCGGUCGUCAGCUCUACGAGGCAGCUCAGAACUACGUCGCACAACACAAGCCAGAGCUCUCCAACCAUCUAGUGAAGAACCUGGGCUUUGCUACUGGUCUCGAGUUCAGAGACUCCGCCUAUGUCCUGGGGCCAAAAUGCGAGCUCCCUCUUCAGCAGAAUAUGACUCUGAGUCUUUCGGUUGGCUUCAGCGGAAUGGACGACCCUAAUCACAAAGGCGAGACGUAUGCUCUGCUGUUGAUCGACACAGUCAAAGUGACGGAUGGUCCUGCAGUAUUCCUUACGGAACCGGUCAAGAGCGCGAGUGAACAAUUCUUCUACCAAGACAAAGAGGAAGAGGAAGCUCCGAAGGACCCCAGCCCGAAGAAGAACGUGACCGCUGGCGGCAAGGUGCUACGAAACAAGGGCAAGACCAAUGACGUGAACGUUGCCAAUAAGAUCAAGGAUCACCAGCAUGAGCUGGCAACAUCCAAGCAAGAAGAAGGUCUACGGAAGUGGGCAGGUGAUGAAGGCGAGGGCGGCAUGGACACUGGCAAGACGUUCAAGAAGUUCGAAUCGUACAAGCGCGGAGAGCUGAUCCCUGCCAAAGCGCAAGACCUGAAGAUUUUUGUUGAUGUGCGCAACAGCAGCAUCGUCCUACCGAUCUAUGGCUUCGCAGUCCCCUUCCAUAUCAACACAUUAAAGAACCUCAGCAAGAACGAGGAGGGCGAGUACACGUACCUGCGCUUCAACUUCAUCUCCCCUGGUCAGAUUGCCGGAAAGAAGGACGACACGCCCUUCGAAGACCCAGAUGCCACCUUUGUUCGCAGUCUGGUCUUCCGCUCGACAGAUACCUUCCACUUCGCUGAGCUCCACAAGGAGAUCUCUGAGAUGAAGAAGCAUGCUGCCAAGAAGGAAGCGGAGAAGAAGGAGUUGAGCGACGUCGUGGAGCAGGACAAGCUGAUCCUCAACAAAUCCCGUCCGCCUGUCCUGCGAGAAGUCUUCCCUAGGCCCGCACUGGAAGGCAAGAGAGUGCCCGGUGACCUUGAGAUCCACACCAAUGGUCUGAGAUUCACCUCCCCGCUGAAGGAUCAAAAGGUUGACGUCCUCUUCAACAACGUCAAGCACGUCUUUUUCCAGCCCUGUGACAAGGAGCUGAUCGUGCUUAUCCAUUUCCACCUCAAGGCUCCCAUCAUGAUCGGCAAGAAGAAGUCGAAGGACAUUCAAUUCUACCGAGAGGCCAGCGACGUGCAAUUCGACGAAACGGGAAACCGAAAGCGCAAGUACCGUGCUGGUGACGAGGACGAGUUGGAGCUGGAGCAGGAAGAGCGCAAGAGGAGAGCUCAGCUGAACAAGGAAUUCAGGAAGUUCUCCGAUUUGAUCGUCGAUGCAGCAGACGAUCUCGUGGUCGACCAGCCAUACCGAGAGCUCGGCUUCGACGGUGUUCCCUUCAGGACAAACGUCUGGCUCUCGCCCACCAAUGACUGCCUGGUCCACUUGACAGACUCGCCCUUCACCGUGGUGACCUUGGCAGACAUUGAGAUUGCCCACUUGGAGCGUGUGCAGUACGGCCUGAAGAACUUCGACAUGGUCUUUGUUUUCAAGGACUUUACCCGCGCUCCUCUGCACAUCAACUCCAUCCCGACUGGCUCACUAGACAAUGUCAAGGAGUGGUUGGACUCAGUGGACAUUCUUGUGAGCGAAGGACCUGUCAAUCUGCAGUGGAACCAGAUCUUGCGCACCAUCCAAGAAGCUCCCUACGACUUUUACUCCAACGGUGGGUGGUCUUUCCUCCGCUCUUCCGACUCGGACUCAGACUCAGACGAGAGCGAAGAAGGCUCUGCUUACAGCGAGUCGGACGCUGCUGCCGAAGAGGCUUCGUCAAGUGAAGACGACGAUGAUGAUGACGAUUCGGACUUUGACGAGGAUGAAGACGAUAGCGGUAGUGAAGCCAGUCUAGACUCGGAUGAAAGUGAAGGAUUGGACUUUGAUGAAUUGGAGAAAAAGGCGGCUAGGGCGGAUAAAAAGGCCGGAUAUGGAAGCGAUGAUGAUGGAGGUGGAAAGAGUAGGAAGGGCGGCGGUAGUGGAAAGAAGAGGUAGUGGCCUGCAUGGAAUCACUCUCUUCUUGUACUGUAUUGUCUCUAGGUCAGAAUCGGAUUACGACGCGCCUCGUCUCCUGCCCAAAAUCAAUUCAGUCAUGCAAGCAACAUUCUCCGAG